GGGGCGGUUCUUCAGCAGUCACACCCUCAGUAUCUCGGCUGGUGCUCUAGGCUCCGCUUAGUUCGACUCGGCUACCAUCUGCUCCAUGGACGCCCUGUGCGGCUCUGGGGAGCUUGGCUCCAAAUUCUGGGACCCAAACUUGACGUUGCACACAGAUAAUCCAGACCUUACCCCCUGCUUCCAGAACUCACUGCUUGCUUGGAUCCCUUGUAUCUACCUCUGGGUCUCCCUGCCCUGUUACCUGUUCUAUCUCCGCCGCCAAAACGAAGGCUACAUCAUUCUUUCUGGACUCUGUAGACUCAAGACGGCAGUUGGUGUCCUGCUCUGGUGUGUGACAUGGGCGGACCUCUUCUACUCCUUCUCUGGCCUGGUGAGGGGCUCCAUCCCAGCCCCCAUCUACUUUGUGACUCCCCUCAUCUUGGGGGUCACCAUGCUCCUGGCCACCCUGCUGAUCCAAUAUGAACGGCUGCGGGGUGUGCGGUCGUCUGGCAUCCUGAUCAUCUUUUGGUUCUUGUCUUGUGUUUGUGCCAUUAUCCCUUUUCGCUCCAAGAUCCUCACUGCCUUGGCAGAGGGUGAAGUCAAAGACACAUUCCGUUUUACUACAUUUUAUAUAUAUUUUGCCCUCGUUGUCUUCUCACUCAUCCUUUCCUGUUUCAAGGAUAAGCCACCUUUCUUUUCACCCACUGUCAAUGUGGACUUUAACCCUUGCCCAGAAGCCAAUGCUGGUUUCCUCUCUCGUCUGACCUUCUGGUGGUUCACUAAGAUGGCCAUCCUUGGGUAUCGACGGCCUCUAGAGGAGAAAGAUCUUUGGUCUCUGAAUGAGGAAGACUCUUCAAGAAUUGUGGUGCCUCGACUGCUCAAGGAGUGGGAAAAACAGAGAAUACAGUUCAAACAGCCCAAAAAUGUAGCAUUUACAAAGACCACCAAAGCAAAGAUCUCCAAGGGGAGGGUCUCCAAUGAAGAGGCAAGGGAAGAUGAGGUUCUCCUAUCUGGCCAGUCCCAGCACCAGCAGCCAUCCUUUCUUCGGGCCCUGAUAUUCACUUUUGGACCCUACUUCCUCAUCAGUUCUUUCUACAAGUUGAUCCAAGAUUUGCUGUCCUUUGUCAACCCCCAGCUACUCAGCUUACUGAUCAGGUUCAUUUCAAACCCUGCAGCCCCAGGUUGGUGGGGUUUCUUGGUAGCUGGGCUGAUGUUUGGUUGCUCAGUUAUACAGACUCUGAUCCUGCACCAACAUUUCCAGUAUGUCUUUGUGACUGGCAUACGGCUUCGCACUGGGAUCACCGGCAUCAUCUACCGGAAGGCUUUGGUCAUCACCAACUCAGCCAAGCGUUCUUCCACUGUGGGGGAAAUUGUCAACUUGAUGUCUGUAGAUGCCCAGCGAUUCACAGACUUGGUCACCUUCCUCAACAUGCUGUGGUCAGCACCCCUGCAGAUCAUGCUGGCCAUCUACUUCUUGUGGCAGAACCUAGGUCCCUCUGUCAUGGCUGGUGUUGCUCUGAUGAUUUUGUUGAUCCCUCUAAAUGGGGCCAUUGCUAUGAAGACUCGGGCAUUCCAGGUGGAACAGAUGGGGUACAAGGACUCCCGAAUCAAGCUAAUGAAUGAGAUCCUGAGUGGAAUCAAGGUUCUGAAACUUUAUGCUUGGGAACCCAGCUUCUCCCAGAUGGUAGAAAAAAUACGCCAAGGAGAGCUCCAAGUGCUACGCAAGGCAGCCUUCCUCAACGCUGUGUCUACCUUCACCUGGUUCAGUGCCCCUUUCCUGGUAUCAUUGACUACCUUUGCAGUCUACGUGUCAGUGGAUGAGAAGAAUGUCCUGGAUGCAGAGAAAGCCUUUGUGUCUUUGUCGCUGUUUAACAUCCUGAGAUUUCCUCUCAAUGUGCUGCCCCAAGUCAUCAGUAACUUGGCUCAGACCAGUGUUUCUUUGAAACGGAUCCAGAAUUUUUUGAAUCAUGAAGAACUCGACCCCCAGUGUGUGGAAACAAAGACCAUUUCUCCAGGCCAUGCCAUCACCAUAGAAAAUGGCAGCUUUACCUGGGCUCAGGACCUCCCCCCAGCUCUGCACAGCCUGAAUCUCCAAGUGCCAAAAGGAUCCUUGGUGGCCGUAGUGGGGCCGGUGGGCUGUGGGAAGUCCUCCCUUAUAUCUGCCCUACUGGGGGAGAUGGAGAAAUUGGAGGGCAAAGUGGCUGUAAAGGGCUCCGUGGCCUAUGUGCCCCAGCAGGCAUGGAUUCAGAAUGCCACACUCCAAAACAACAUCCUCUUCGGCCAGCCGUUGGACCAGAAGCGAUACCAAGGCAUCCUCGAAGCCUGUGCUCUGCUCACUGACCUGGAUGUACUGCCUGGAGGAGAUCAGACUGAGAUUGGGGAGAAGGGUAUUAACUUGUCUGGGGGUCAGCGGCAGCGAGUCAGCCUGGCCCGAGCUGUCUACAGUGAUGCUGAUAUCUUCCUCCUGGAUGACCCACUCUCUGCUGUGGACUCCCAUGUAGCCAAGCACAUCUUUGAUCAUGUCAUUGGGCCAGAUGGAGUAUUAAGAGGCAAGACAAGAGUCCUGGUAACACAUGGUGUGAGCUUCCUGUCCCAGGCAGACCUCAUCAUUGUGUUGGGCGAGGGACAAGUGUCCGAAUCUGGCUCCUUCUCUGCCUUGCUUCAGCAAGAGGGUGCUUUUGCUGAAUUUCUUCGUAACUACGUUCCUGAUGAUGAGAACUUUCAAGAAGAGGACAGUAUCACUGUCUUGGCGGAUGAGGAGAUGCUGCUGGUGGAGGACACGCUCAGUAAUCACACAGAUCUGACAGAUAAUGAGCCAAUUACUAAUGAGGUCCGAAAACAGUUCAUGAGGCAACUGAGUGUGAUCUCCUCAGAAGGAGAGGGCCCUGGCCGACCUUCCACUAGGAGACGACUGGGGCCUGUGGAGAAGAAGACCCUGGAGCCAGUCACGAAUGGAGAGCUUAUCCAAGCAGAGACAGCAGAGAUAGGCACUGUAAAGCUGAGUGUGUUCUGGGCCUAUGCCAAAGCCGUGGGGCUCUGUACUUCUGUGACCGUCUGCCUUCUAUACUCUUGCCAAAGUGCUGCUGCCAUUGGGGCCAAUAUAUGGCUCAGUGACUGGACUAAUGAGCCUAUAAUUAAUGGCACACAGAGCAACACAAGCCUACGCCUGGGCGUGUAUGCAGCCCUGGGACUAUUGCAAGGUCUCCUUGUGAUGAUAUCAGCUUUCACACUGGCCAUAGGAGGCAUCCAGGCUGCCCAGUUACUCCAUAGCAAGCUACUAACCAACAAGAUGCAUUCACCCCAGUCCUUCUAUGACACGACUCCCUCUGGGCGAAUCCUUAAUCGGUUCUCCAAGGAUAUUUAUGUCAUUGAUGAAGUCAUCCCCCCCACCAUCCUCAUGCUGCUUGGAACUUUUUUCAAUUCAACAUCUACACUUGUGGUCAUCAUGUCUAGCACCCCGCUUUUUGCUGUUGUUAUCUUACCCCUUGCUGGGCUCUAUAUAUUUGUACAGAGAUUCUACGUGGCCACUUCGAGGCAACUGAAGCGCCUGGAGUCAGUCACCCGUUCCCCCAUCUAUUCUCACUUCUCGGAGACUGUGACAGGAACUAGUGUCAUCCGUGCCUACAGACGCACUCAAGACUUCAUGGCCAUCAGCGAUGCUAAGGUGGACGCCAACCAGAAGUGCUGCUAUCCCAACAUCGUCUCUAACCGGUGGCUGGGAAUCCGUGUGGAGUUUGUGGGUAACUGUGUCGUGCUUUUUGCUGCACUUUUUGCUGUGAUUAGCAGAAACUCCCUGAAUCCAGGAUUAGUUGGCCUCUCUGUGUCCUAUGCACUACAGGUUACAAUGGCUCUUAACUGGAUGGUACGGAUGACAUCAGACCUGGAAAGCAACAUUGUGGCUGUGGAGAGAGUUAGAGAGUACUCAGAGACGAAGACUGAGGCCCCAUGGGUGAUCGAGGACAGCCGCCCACCCUCUGGCUGGCCCCAACAAGGGGAGGUGGAGUUUGUGAACUAUUCAGUGCGUUAUCGGGAAGGCUUGGAGCUGGUGCUGAAGAAUUAGUUAAGAGUGAAGGGCGGAGAAAAGGUUGGAAUUGUGGGCCGAACUGGAGCUGGAAAAUCAUCCAUGACCCUUUGCUUGUUUCGUAUCCUGGAGGCAGCGCAGGGAGAGAUCUACAUCGAUGGAAUCAAUAUUGCAUCCAUUGGACUUCACGACCUACGCUCCAUGUUAACCAUCAUCCCCCAGGACCCUGUCCUGUUUUCAGGGACACUUAGAAUGAACUUGGAUCCUUUUGGCAAGUAUUCUGAUGAGGAAAUGUGGCAAGCCUUGGAACUCUCCAACCUACACAAGUUUGUGAAGUCCCAACCAGAAGGCCUUAAUUUUGAAUGCUCUGAGGGAGGAGAGAACCUUAGUGUGGGGCAGAGGCAGCUUGUAUGCCUAGCCAGGGCCCUGCUCCGGAAGAGUCGGAUCCUGGUGUUGGAUGAAGCUACAGCAGCCAUUGAUUUGGAGACAGAUGAUCUCAUCCAGACCACCAUCCGGACCCAGUUUGAAGGAUGUACAGUGCUGACCAUCGCCCACAGACUCAAUACCAUCAUGGACUACACCAGGGUCCUAGUUCUGGACAGAGGGACGAUAGCAGAAUUUGAUUCUCCAACAAAUCUCAUCAUGGCCAGAGGCAUCUUCUAUGGGAUGGCCAAAGAUGCUGGACUUGCCUAACGGACUCCACAUUUCCUCCAGACCAUCACUGACUUCCCUUUGCAGGGGAAAAUAAUAGAGGGGACUUUUUUUUUUUUUUUUUUAAAGAAUAACGUGCAAAAGAACUGCAGAACUUGCAAGCAAAAAAAAAAGAAAAAGAAAAGAAAAGAAAGAAAAAAAAGAACUUAAUAGUUCAUGUAAUUCAAUCCCCUUGUUUUAAAGGGAGGCAGUUUGGUACAGUAGAAAAUGCCAGCCUGGGAGCCAGAAGAUCCAGAUCCUAACACUAGCCAUGUAACCUGUGGCAAAUUACUACAUUUGGACAUGGAGCCUAGGGAGGAGCUGCCCACAGUGACAUAGCAUAUUGGCAAUGCCAGAAUUAUAAUAAGGAUCUCCUUAUUCCCAAUCCUGUGCUCUUUUUACAGUACUAUUCCUUCAACAUAAAACAUGUGUUGGAAUGACAGCCUCAUACACUCUAAAAUCCAGCCCCAGAUUUUUAUUCUCAUAUUUUCUAUAUAAAAGUAUACAAAAUCUAGAAUGACAUUCUUGCAUGCCCCCAAUUCCCUCCCAAACUAUUUUUCCUCAUAUUUUCUAUACAAAAACACUUAAAAAUAAAUCUUUUUUUACUGGGAAGAACGUUGACCCCCCAAACCACGCUCAGGAACUUUGGGAUAAUGAUGAAGCUAUUAAAGGCCAGAGCACUGAUGAAAUAAAAGAUAUAUGAUAGCCACCGUG